AAUAAUAUAGCUGAUAUUUUGUUUUAGGAAAGGAAACAAAAUAUAUAAUAUAUAAUAUAUAUAUAUAUAUGCGGUAGGCAACAGCCAAGGUUAUAGAGAUGAUAAAUGAAAAAUAUGUCUGGAAUUUGUUACUAUACUACAUAAUAAAUUUACUUGAUGGUAUUCUUAAACAAGGAAAUGAUAAUGUUAAUGCUAAUUAAAAUUAUAAUAAUCAGGCCCUUCUCUUAGAAAUAUCGGUCGUCAUAACUCAUAAUAAGAGUGUAUAACUUUUAAAAGAUUCUAUCUUUGUUUACAAAGAAGACUUAUAAAUUAUUAGUAUAACCUUAUAAUGGGCAAUAACUCACUAGUCGUAAAUUAUUAAGGCUAAAAUUAGUUACUAUGUCAUUUUCGUGAGCUGGAUUUUGGACUCUAUAUCUUAGUUGGAACACCAUUUUUUAAUUAAGCUUAUUUGUCAUUAUCGUGGACUGGAUUUACGACUUUACGUUAUGCAAAGUGUGGUUCGAUUCGGCUGUAUUGCCUAAUUAAGUUAAAUCAGCCCAUCCCUUUUGUCACAUCACUAAUUCACAAUGUAUAAUUAAAGUUCCUUUCCUUUGUAAAAUUAAUGACUUUUGUGUACAUGUACGUCGGACUAAAGAUCUUGCUGUAAUAUCUAGAUAUGAGUACAAGUUUUUUUUUUUUAUAUUUUCUUUUUUUCAUUAAUGAAUAUUUCAUUAAAAAUGAUAAUAAGAAUGUAUAUAUUUAGAGAGCAGAAGAAAUGAAAAGUCAUUUAGGUAUACAAGUUUUGUAUCUACCCUAUGAGCAUGCACAACUUUGAGCUCUUAGAACAAACAAAACACACUACACCAAAUACUCAUUUUCAUAACACACGAAUAUAAUACUAAUAAAAAAAUGUUAUGCUAGAGUAAUAUAUUGGGCCACUUUAUGAAAAAAGGGCGGUAAUAAUUCCACCAUCCCGCCACACUUAUCUUUUUUUUUUCAUUUGUGAGACCUGAAAAUAUGUGAGACCCGAGAGACCCAAUUCUUUCUCCUUUUUCCUCAUCAUUCUCUCUCCUCUCUCUCGAAUCUCUUUCUCCCACCAGACCCGUCGAAGCUUCGAUCAUGCGGGCCCAAGCCCUCACACGACACCAGAGGCGAACGACGACACUGGAUUGUUCUUCUUUCCAUCGCUUUAUUAUUAUUGUGUGCUUUUGGAUUGUUCUUCUUUCACCACUGCUUUCAGUUUUGCUCUGCCUUUUAGGGUUUUUGCGUUUCGUCACCUCUGUAAUUCACCUCCUCUCUUCUUUCUUACCUCGUUGAGAUUGCAUUUCGCGGCUUUUCAUGUUCCGGUGCUUCGUUUGUUUUGUUGGAAUUCGUACAGAAGUAUUUAGUGUAACAACAUUAGUUGGUUUCGGAGUUUUGACUGAUAGUGCAACUCUUGUUCAUGGAUAUAUGUGAAUAAAGUAUGUUUAGAAGCAUGGAUGAUGGUGUGGGGGAGGAGGUUACCCCACUGGAUGCAGUUGAACGUGGACACCUUCAAGGCAAAGAGAACGAGUUUUUUUUGAAACCCACAGGAGAAAUGUUGAAUUCACAGGAGAUGCUACUGCCAGGUGAGGAUGACUAUGCAAGGAGCUCGCAUCAGGAAUUUGAAGAAAUGUUAGAUGGUAAACAUGUACAGAGUUUAAAUCGUGUAAAUACACUAGAAAACCUGUACAAUAGUUGUCCUCGCACAAUGGAUGAUACUAGUGUCUCAGUGGAAGAAUUAACCGUGAGAAAUUUCAAUGGGUCUAAUUUAGCUAUUGUUGGGACAUCAGCUAAUUUAGGAAGAGUGCAGACUAGACAGACCUAGUGAUAGAUACACUUGUAAUUCUUUCAGGUGACCUUGUUCAAGUUGUUGCAAAGGGGUUCAGCUUCCAGCUGAUGGUUAUGCUGGGAAUGUGGCUUGUAACAAUGCUGAAGCUGUUGUGGAGUCUAUUCCUUCUACAGAAUUUUCAGUGAAUGAUGUUGAGAAAUCUAUCAAGUCCACUAUUUGUAGAGAGAAUGGUGAACAGUUAAGGAACUCAAUGCAAAAUGAGAAUGGAAUUCUUCCAAGUUUGAUACCCUCAAAUGCUAAAAAGGAUCACGAGGGGAGAAAUGUUGCCGAGAUUAAAGACACCUCUUGUGCUGCAAAUGAUUGGAGACAAUGUGGAUAUGAUGGGUUGCAAGGACACAAGAAUGAUGAUGAAAAAGUUUUAGAGUUUUCUCAGGAAGAAAGUGCUACUAAAGAUUUAGGCUCAAGUUCAACCUGUAUCUGGGUAGGAAUGCAUACUGUUAGGUACUUUGAUGGAAAAACGUACAAGUGGGUUAGGAUAAGUCGUCAGCCUAAUAUUAUUGGAAAAAUGCAUUUUUUACUGACUCAGGUCAAAAGAACACUAGAAUAAUUUAUACCAGCUCAGUGGGACAAAGAUGAGUGGCAUCCCCUGCUUGGUCCAUGGCGUUUCAUUCAAGUUGUUAGUCUUUGUAUCGUCUUCCUCACAGUAGAGCUCAACACCUUUUUUCUGAAGUUCUGUUUGUGGAUUCCUCCUCGAAACCCCGUUAUUGUGUAUAGGUUGAUAUUGUGGUGGCUAAUAGCAAUUCCUACAAUCCGCGAGUACAACUCAUAUCUUCAAGACAG